GGACGCGGACGGCCAGGAUGUGGUCUACUCUACGCGCACAGUCAUUGGAUCCGCUCUGCGCGCUGCAAGCGUUGUGACUUUUUUCUUGCAAAAAUUGUCAGAGUUUAUCACUCAAGAAGCAAAUUUGCUAACUGGAGUGGAUGAGCAGAUUUGUUCACUUCGGGACGAGCUCCAAUGGAUUCGUUCCUUCUUAAAGGAUGCAGACAGAGAGCGCAAAGAAAAUGAGAGAGUGAAAGUGUGGGUCAAUCAAGUAAGAGACGUUUCUCACCAAGCUGAGGAUGUUAUCGAUGAAUUCAUGCUUAAACUAGUGCUUCAACGGCAGCACCAAAAAAGUAUUGGUGGAGUGUAUAUGUAUAGGUCCUUGGCAGCAAGCUGGUUUAGUCGCACCAACAAGUUGAAGACCCUCCAUGAUUUGGGAAAUCAGAUAGAGAAGAUCAAGAGAAGAGUUGAAGAAAUUUCAGCAAACAAAUCGAAGUAUGGGAUUGAAGCUAUACAGACACAAGUGGGAGAGUCAUCAUCAAGAAGCUCGAAUCAAGAUCCACAGUGGAAGCAAAGGAGGGUUCAAGUGGCUGAGGAAGCAGAUGUUGUUGGCUUUGACAAGGAAACUCAAACACUAGUCAGGGAGCUGAUUGAAGGGGAUCCAUGGCUUUCAGUCAUCUCAAUCGUGGGAAUGGGUGGCUUAGGUAAGACUACUCUUGCUAAGAAAGUCUACAAUCACAACCUUGUUACUAAGCAUUUCGAUUGUCGUGCUUUGAUUUAUGUAUCUCAAGAGUAUAGGGUGAGAGAUAUUCUUGAGAKAAUUUUAAAUCAAAUCACCGAGUUUUCCAAAGAAGACAAAAAGUUGAGUGACGAGGAGUUGGAGAAGAAGCUCAUAUUGUACUUAAAGCAGAGGAGAUAUUUGGUGGUGGUAGAUGAUAUAUGGAGCGUAGAAGCUUGGGAUAGGUUGGAACAUAUCUUUCCGAAGGAGAUGAUGGGAAGCAGGAUAUUGCUUACUACUCGUAAGAAAGAUGUGGCUCGCCAUGCUGACGUUGAGAGGAUUCCUCAUGAAUUGCAGCCUUUAACUGAAAAUGAGUCUUGGGAGUUGUUCUGUAAGAAAACAUUGCUAAGAAGUCAGACAACUUGUGUGGUGCCUUCAGAUCUAGAAAAGAUAGGAAGAGAUAUGGUGGGGAAAUGCAAAGGAUUACCACUUGCCAUCGUUGUUCUAGGAGGUUAUUUGUCAACGAGAGAUAGAAGCUGGGAUGAAUGGCAAAAAGUUUCAAAUCGCAUGGCUUGGCAAUUGAGUGGAAAUGAAGAAAGCCCAAUUCCAAAAAUAUUGUCAUUAAGCUACAACGAUUUACCCUAUUACUUGAAGUCAUGUUUUCUUUACUUUGGUGUCUUCCCUGAAGAUUCUGAGAUCCCUGUGGGUAAAUUGAUUCGGUUAUGGGUUGCAGAAGGGUUCAUACAACAGAGAGGUGAUCAAACAUUGGAGGAUGUUGCCAGAGACUAUCUGCAGGAGUUGAUUAAUCGGAGCAUGGUUCAAGCAUCAAAACGAAGAUAUAAUGGGGAGGCCAAAACAUGUCGCAUCCACGAUCUUCUAAGAGAUCUCUCAAUUUCUGAAGCCAAAGAAGACAGGUUUCUUGAUGUUCUUGAUGAGGUAAAUUUUCAAGUAUCCUCAUCAACCAGUAUGCGUCGAGUAACCAUUAAUGACAUGAGGCUUUUGAUCAAGUUUCUCUCUCAAGUGCAACCCAGCACUCCAAACCACCUCCGUUCUUUGUUAUAUAUUUCCCCAUUUAACUUGUAUAAAAUCAGGGACAAGUAUCAAAGGAUUCACUUCUCAAGCUUUAGAUUGCUCAGGGUACUGGAUCUUUUGAAUGUGCAGAUCGACAACCAAGCAGCUUUCAAAAUGAAAAUUGGUGAAAUGAUUCAUUUAAGGUAUUUGGGGUUGUUAUUUGCCAAAGCAAUAAAGAUUCCAUCCACCAUUUCCAAUCUCCUCAAUCUACAAACCCUCCAGAUGGAAAACUUGUCUGAAAAUCGAUUUUGUUUACCCAAAGAUAUUAACAAGAUGGUUCAAUUAAGGCAUGUUUCCAUCUAUAGGGGGUCAAUAAGUGGAAAGAUUGAUGGACUGAGAACUCUCCAAACUCUACAAUGGGUAGAGGCAGGUAGUUGGAUUGAGGAUGACUUGCCCAAGUUGAAGAAUCUUCGGAAGCUGGGGAUACGUGUAAUACAUAAUUCACAAAGGGAGACAUUGUCUAACGCUAUUGCUGAACUACAUCAACUUCGAAGCUUGAAUUUGGCAACUAUGGAAGACAAUACUGUGAUCCCAAAUUUGAUGCUUUCUAAUCACCAACAUCUUUACAAGUUGAUAUUGUAUGGGCGGUUGGAAAUGCUACUCGACCCAGAUGAAUUUCCACCAUACCUCACCCACCUGUAUCUGGGAGGGUCUCUUUUGGAGCAAGACCCAGCAACAACACUUGAGAAGCUACCACACCUGAGGUUUCUCAAAUUAUAUUACAACGCAUACAUAGGAAAGGAUAUGGCCUGCUCUAGAGGUGGGUUUCCUAUGCUUCAACACUUGGAAAUCAGUGGUCUUGAGGAAUUAGAAGAAUGGCGAGUAGAGGAAGAAUCAAUGCCUGGGCUUAAGCAUUUGAGUCUCGUUAAUUGUAAAUGCCUCCAGAUGCUUCCAGAUGGGUUGCAACACCUGACCAGGCUUAGGGAAUUGGAGGUACGACGCAUGACGAUCAAAUUCACAUAUAGGAUUGAUUCAGAAAAUGGAAUUGAUUGGCAUAAGGUCCAGCAUGUGCCAUCUAUCACUAUUUCAGAUUAUUUUCUUGAUUAACUAAUGGUAGUUGAAGAAUGUGAUGUGCUUCUGUUUAUGUAUUCCACACUUUUGGACAAAUAAACCCAGUUACAGUGGUAGUUUUAUGCCUCAAAAUCAUUGUUAAUGUCCCCUGUUUUAUUUUGGCCGAAUGGGGUUUCUCGCAUAUUUUCCCUUUUCCUUUCCUUUGAAAACCAAUUUCUGUUUUUUUUUUCUCUAUCCUCCCAUUCAUGGUAGCCUCAGGCAAGAGCAAGUUUUCUGGAAAAGAUCAACAGGAUCAAAAGUUGCAUCUUCAUGGUGCGCGACCUGGUUGCUCCUAGAUGGAGGGCAGUUCAGACGUCAGUUGUUUASCUGGCCGGUCAAACUGUAAGGAAGUAGAGUUCAAAGGAUCCAGCUUGGCUAACCCGAUGUGGGCGCUCCAAUGCUUUCUAUGUGCAAAUUAAAGGCUUGACAACAAAAGAGUUAGAAUGCAAUAAAUCAUGUAUACCUUGUAGCCUUGGGGUCAAUGCCCUUUAUAUAGGUGAGAUGUCGUGUGCCUCACGAAAUACCUCUGAGAUCUCUUGGGCGUGCUGUUAGGAGUCCAUUUCGCACCAAGAGGUGAACUUCAUGCUAGCCGAUAAGGCUUAUCGAGUCCGUCCGAUCUGGGCAUGAUGAGGAUAAGACUUAAGGACAUGGGGCGUAAUCCCGUGAAGUUCGGAGACAACUGGCUAGCUUCUAGAAAUUGGCUACGUGUUACUUUAGYAGGUUGGGCCAUCCCGAGCUACUCGGACCUCGGUCCUGACCAAGGUGCCCGAGGUAACUUAACCAGCUGAGGUGACAGGAAAUGCUGAGUCACUGUCCAGUCAGAAAGUCGCCUCCACGUGUCCUAGCAUGAAUAGGUCGGGCCAAAUCACCCCUCAUCACAUCUCAAGUAAAGCACCGAUCACCAGUGACUAUUCAGAGCACUACAACUGGAGUAUGUGACUAU